AUGGUUUCUUGGCGCAUUCGUGGUGAAAUGGCUGAAAUCGACGUUGAUCAAAGUUAUGCUGGACAUCCGACAAUGUUUUCAAUAAGAAUGCACCAUGGAGGUGAGUUUACAAGCUUUCCUGGAAGGAAGUAUAUUCGUGGGAAGCAAACAUUUGUUGAUUUACUGGACAUUGAUACCUUUUCCGUUCAUGACAUUGAUGAGAUGAUGGAAUACCUAGGGUAUGCUUCAAUAGGUAAACCACUUUACUAUCACUUUCAAAGGCCUUUAGGCGAUUUAGAUUUUGGGUUAUUCGCUUUAGCUAGUGAUGAAGAUGUUCGUUAUUUGGGGAGUUUUGUGGCUAAGCAUAAGUUAAUUGAGGUAUAUAUAAAGCAUGACAAAACUACUCUGCACACCUAUUUAAUGUCCCCAACCCACAGUAAAGUUCGUAUAACGGAGAUUACUGAACCUCCAUCUUGUUCAAAGAGAUUGUUCCUGGAGUGGCAUAGCACACCUGCUGUUGAUUUGGAGGAUGACAUGGAUCACAUGGAGAAAGAAUCGGGUAAUGAUCCUACACCCACUGGUCAUCUGGAGAAGGAUUUGGGUAAUGAUGCUACUCUCACUGAUCAUAUGGAGAAUGAUUUGGGUAAUGAUGCUACUCUCACUGAUCAUAUGGAGAAUGACUUGGUUAAUGAUGCUAAUGACUUUGGUAAGUUUGGUGAGUUAGAGAGUGACAAUGAUGAAAGUGAUGAUAGUGAUUUUUUUGUGGACAUUGAAAAUAUAUUGGAUGAUAUUAAUGUGGAUAUGCAAGAUUUUGAAAUGAAUAUUGACAAAGAUGUGGAAUGGGUUGGAGGGUCGUCUAACACUGUGGUUGAUGAAGGCACACAGGAUGAAGCUUUGGAGGUGAUUAACACUGACUUUUUAGCAUCUGAUUCAUCAUCAGAUGAGGGGAUUAAUGGUCAAAGAAAGAAAUCAAUAAGAGCAAUUCAAAGGGCACAUGAGAAUGAUGAAGCACUUGUUAGUGAACCCUUCUAUAUUUUUCAAAAAUUUGGUUCAGCAAAGGAGUUUAAGGAUAAGGUAAAACUCCAUGCCAUAGAGACUAGAAGGGAGCUGGCCCUUGAAAAAAAUGACAAGAAUAGAGUGAGAUGGGUUUGUAGACCAAAGAAGAAACGCAGAAAAUCAGCUUAUGAAAUUGAUGACAUGGUGAAGGGUAAUAGUGCAUCAAGAAUCCUUCAGUCGGUUACUUGUUCAAAGUGCAACAACAUUGGUCAUAAUGCAAGGAGUUGUAAGGGACAAAAAGCUAGUGCUCCUAGUGGUUCUGGUGGUCCUGGUGGUUCUGGUAAGGGAAAAGGAAAAGCUGGUUGA